AUGGUGAAAAGCGAGAGCUGGCGCCUCGCGUUGGUGGCACUGUGUGGCGUCGUCGUGCAGGCGCAAGGCAGCACUGCCUACAGUGGCAAGAAGCGCCUCUCUAGCUUUGAGUUGCAACUGGAAGGCACACCGAGCGCGUCAUUAAGGGGGCAUGGAGCUUUUCAGAGCGCCGCUGCAUUUGUUGGGCUUCGCGAAUUGGCUGAAGGAGCUGCCGGAGCGGCGAUGGCACUCCCCGCGGGCCCUGUAGAUGUGCUUAUGACGCGUGUAGACAAUAGGGGGAAGCAGGGUGUACGCCGAAUGGCUGCCGCUCUACCGCCAAGUGAAGUUAGUCUCCUCGUCUUCCCUCGUUUCAGAAGGUUACUUGAUUCCAUUAUCCCGGAAGGGUCCCGGUUUGAUGUCCAGGCUACGCACGUCCUUGGAAAUCCUCUCCCUGAUGUGUUCUUGUCAUUCGUUCGGGAGGCGGUCAUCGCUACAGGAACGCGCUCAGUUGUGACCCGGGCGUUGCCGGUGCCUCACACGACAAGGCCAGAACGUUCCCAGAGUGGGAUCCGCAACCUUCAUUCGCGUUUCUGGCGGUGGCUAACGGACAGACGCACCGUACGCGUGGCGCUGAAGUUCUUUGUGGUGCCUGUUCGCGGCAGGGUGGCGGCGCCCGCCACGGAACAGUCAAUUGCGACGACGUUGGAGCAAGUACGUCAGCAGCAACUCCUGAUUCCCGAGUUGCUGGCCCCUCGCGUGACCACCCACGAAGAAAUCCGCUCGGUCUGGGGCUUCGCGGUUCCGACGAUGAUGGGGCGAAUCCCUGGAAUGGCGGAAUAUCUUACGGUAGAUGACCACGGCAACGCGCUACUGAACUUUGUCAUGCAACUACCUCUAGAGAGAUGCGAUCUGCAUCAUAUUCAGCGCUCCGAUCGUCGUGAAGGUGUGGACGGGUAUGUAGUCAAACGCAUCUUACAACUCGCCUCGAGCCUGGCGACGAUAGGUGUUGUUCAUAUGGAUCUACGUGACGAAAAUAUUCUUGUCGCGGAAGACGGGGAGCUUCUCCUGAGUGGCUUCCAUAGAGCCGUGACUGUGGGAACCCGAGUGCAGUGUUCCAGCUUUUUGCGUGAGCCCUCCGUCGCGCCAGAGAUUGCGUUCUGUGCGGUGAGCCUUCCAGGGGACACUAUCGUCGCGAGCCGAGGGCAGGACGCGUGGUCAGUGGGAAUGCUGCUGCUGCAGUGGCUCUGCGGAAACAUUUUCUAUCACCAUUGGCUGGGUCACUUCGACUCGCUUCGCAUAUCUCAGCACCUCGCCGACUUGCACAGGCGCUUUCAAUCCAGCGGCGAUCAGCAGAGGGCACACCCGGUGCCCAUCGACUGGCUACGCUGCAGAAAACCGCUUAGCGAACAAAUGAAGUCCAUCAUUGAAUCCCUCCUCGACCUCAAUCCCAGAACGAGGGCCCGACCGCAGAGUCUGAUCGCGGCUCAUUUCUCUUCAAGCUCGUAG